AUGAGAGACCCAUUUCUCAGAUCUUCUUUGUCGCUUGUCUUUGUGACUUGUGCUAGCACUGAGGGUGUCUUGUUGUCUGCUGUCACUUAUGACUGCUAUGUAGCCAUUUGCCACCUUCUUCAAUACCUGCCCCUUGUGAGUCUUAUGGUCUGUGUGUAUUUGUUGACUGGAAUUUGGCUGUGUGGGCUAGAGAAUUCUGUGACACACACAGUGCUGGCAGCCACACUCACUCUAUGUGGACCCAACCAAACCAGGCACUUUCUCUGUGACAUCCCAUUCUUCCUGGAGCUCUCCUGCUCAGAUACCUUUCUCAAACAGUCUGUGCUCCAUGUGGCCAGUGCUGCCAUUGGCCUGAGCCCCUGUCUGUUUACUGUAGUGUCCUACACACUCAACAUCUCUGCCAUUCUUAGGAUUCCCUCUGCUCAGGACAGGAGCAAUGCCUUCUCUUCCUGUGCAUCCCACCUCUCCAUGGUAGUUGUCUUCUUUGGAAUGACAAGCUUCAACUAUGACAGACCCAGAGAAGGCUACAACCUGGACAUGGACAUUCUGGUCCCUGUGCUCUUCUGUGUUGUGAUCUCCCAUGUUUAA